CCUGAAACUGAUCCUAUGCUUGGCUGAGGAGCAGGCAAAGUGCCUGCCUUCUCAGCUACAAAGGGCUCUGGAUUCAUACAGCUGCUGCUACUGGACUAUUUGCAAUCAUCCCUGGAGGGCUCCACUUCUUUGGCCAUCCUGCCACAGGCUCGAAGGUUGGCCCCAGAUCAGCAGAGUAACCUUGGAGUCCAAAAAGAAUGUGAUAGUUCAUGGCAAGGUGCCAACAUGCUAUGAGGUAGGGUCCUUGUCCCUGCAGAAGAUGGCAGCAGAACUUUUCUCUACCAGUGCUAAUAUCAACAUCACAAACAGUAAUUCCACUACCACUGCCACCACAGUCACUGCAGCCAAUACUAAGAAUAGCUCCCUUCACCUUCAUCAAGCCCAAUCUCCACUUCCAACACAGGUGCAAAACCUUAACAACAACUUCGAGAGUACCAACUGGCAGUCAUUCUACCCCACUCUCCGAGAGAGGAAUGCAAUGAUGUUCAAUAACGAACUCAUGGCUGAUGUACACUUUAUCAUUGGCCCUCUGGAGACAUCAAAGAGAGUUCCUGCUCAUAAGUAUGUGCUGGCAGUUGGCAGCUCUGUCUUUUAUGCCAUGUUUUAUGGUGAUCUUGCAGAAGUCAAAUCUGAAAUCCAUAUACCUGAUGUGGAGCCUGCUGCUUUUCUCAUCCUGUUAAAGUACAUGUAUAGUGAUGAAAUUGACCUGGAAGCUGACACUGUGCUUGCAACUCUCUACGCUGCCAAGAAGUAUAUUGUUCCAGCUUUAGCAAAAGCUUGUGUUCAUUUUCUAGAGACUAGUUUAGAAGCAAAAAAUGCUUGUGUUUUGCUCUCCCAGAGCAGACUCUUUGAGGAACCAGAACUGACACAGCGUUGCUGGGAAGUGAUUGAUGCUCAAGCAGAGAUGGCAUUAAAGUCAGAGGGCUUUUGUGAAAUAGAUCAACAAACAUUAGAAAUUAUCCUUACCAGGGAAUCACUAAACACCAAGGAGGUAGUUAUCUUUGAAGCUGUUCUGAAUUGGGCAGAAGCUGAAUGUAAAAGAGAAGGUUUGCCAAUUACACCAAGAAAUAAGAGGAAAGUAUUGGGAAGAGUUUUAUUUUUAGUACGAAUUCCAACUAUGACACUGGAGGAGUUUGCUAAUGGUGCUGCUCAAUCAGAUAUUUUAACUCUUGAAGAGACACGCAGCAUAUUCCUAUGGUAUACAGCUAUCAAGAAACCACAAUUGGAGUUUCCACUGACAAAAAGGAAAGGCCUUGCCCCUCAGAGAUGUCACAGAUUUCAAUCAUCUGCAUAUCGGAGCAACCAAUGGAGAUACCGUGGACGAUGUGACAGUAUCCAGUUUGCAGUAGAUAAGAGGAUAUUUAUUGCAGGACUCGGAUUAUAUGGAUCAAGCUGUGGAAAAUCUGAGUACAGUGUGAAAAUUGAACUUAAACGGCUCAAUGUUGUUCUUGCUCAUAAUCUGACCAAGUUCCUUUCAGAUGGAUCCAGUAAUACAUUUUCAGUCUGGUUUGAACAUCCAGUUCAAAUUGAACAAGACACAUUUUACAAUGUUAGUGCCAUCUUGGAUGGUAAUGAACUUAGUUACUUUGGGCAGGAGGGAAUGACUGAAGUUCAGUGUGAAAAAGUGACAUUUCAAUUCCAGUGCUCCUCAGACAGUACCAAUGGCACUGGAGUCCAAGGAGGACAGAUUCCAGAGCUUAUAUUCUAUGCGUGAGACAGUUUGAGGAUGGUAUUCCAAUACUGCUAUGCACAUGAAAGGGUUCAAAACUAGAAAAUUCUACAGCUGUUUCUUGUUCGGCUAUUACAUUACUCUUAAAAUAGCAGCCUCUCAAACUAAGUGAAAGAAUGCUCUUGGAUUUAAUCCUAUUUUAUUUAUUUUAUAUGUAGACAACUAAUUUACAGAUUAUGGCUGACAGAAUGUUCUAAAGUAGAGCUGUUAUGAACCUAUGAAAUAUAAAACAUUUUUCUUUAUUCUAAACAUUUGUACAUUCAUUCAAUUUUUAAAAAAUUCCUUUGUGUUUCAUGCUUUACUAAUUCCAAAGCAUAAAAGUCAACAAAUUUAAAUAAAUCACUGGGAUUAAAUGGCCCCUAGAGUCCCUUCCGUCCUCUGUCAAUUAUCCUAUGAUAAUCCCAUGUCACAAAAAAAGAUACAAGAUCUUACCCAAUCAUGAGACUUUCAUUUCUAAUAUGAAAAAUGCUGCUUUAAUUUUCCAAAGUUUUCUAGGUUGCUUUGAUUUAACAAAAUGUAGAAGAUGACAAACUUUUAUUACAUUGACAAUUCAGGUUGAUUUGCUGAUAUCCUUGAGCUUUCUUGUAAAGAACAAGGCUAUGGAAACCAGUAGAAUUAAAAUUCAGUGAUAUCCAUUUCAAUACUAACACAGGAAGUACUAUUGUGAGUAAACUAUCCAGUCAGUAUACGACAAUAAAUAAUAUUAAGAAAUGAUUGUAAAAAAGUUUGCUUGUUCUAUUUCAACCUCAAAAGGCAAAGGAUGUCCCCCAAACAGUAUUUAUUCUCUUACUGAGUUAAUAGGGAUCUAUUACCACUGAUCCAAAAAGACCUUAUUUAGAAUAAUAUAAUUUAGAACAAACUCUCAGUAACAGGUUAGUUUUAUACAGUGUAAUUAGUAUUCUAGAGCUGUGGAAAAAUAUUUUAAAUAAUAAAAUCUUAUAUUUGUUUUGAAAAUCCAUUCCUUAAAAUCUUAUGAUUUUAACUAGCUUGGGCCAAAGAAGAGAUAUAAUCUCUUUUGCAAAGAUGAGGUCCACAGGUAUUUUGAAACAUUCCAUAAAUUGUCAGAUUUAUUUCAGUGUAUUGUUCAGUUUAACUGGCUUUUCUUCUCCCCUCUCCUCUUUUUUCUUUCCAAAAAAAUUCUUUAAGUAGAAUGGUUUUCUGGGAGGGGGAGGAUACAAGUUACAUAAAAACAAGUUUUCAAUUAAAAUGUAUUUUUAAAAAAGAAAAUUUAUUGUAUAUAAUAAAAUUCAAUGGCUUGGCAUAUCAAGGCUGUAUAGAGACAGAAACAGGGAGCAGACUUAUAAUUCUGACCUGGGACUUAACUAUACUAAUGAAAUUAUAUCUCCAUUUACUAAUACAUGUUAUCAUCUCUGCAAUUUAUAAUUUUAAAGACUUACUUAGAACAGAAGUGUCAAACACACAUGGACUCAUGAAGGCCAGAAUCAAAUUAAAAUGUAAUUGGAAAAUAUUAACAAAAUAAUUUUAAAGUACAACAAAACAUGUAAUAUAAAAAUAUAUAGGGCUUUGUAACUUCCAUUUUUCUUUGAGUCUGACAGCACUGGAUUAGAAUACUGGGAAGUUACAUGACUUGCCCAGAAUCACACAACCUGUACAUAGAUGAGGUAGAACGUGAACAAAGUUCUUGUUGGCAUCUACCCUUUUAGCAUGUUGCCUCACUGAUGAUACAUUGCUGGAUUUCAAAUACAAGUGAAAAACCAUUAGCACAACUGAUAAAACUAUCCUUAUGAACCAACAAUGGAGAAAAAUCCCAGAUGUCAUUUUUUUAAAAGGUCAAGUCAAGAAUUUAUUAGGGGUCUGCUAUGUGUUUGGCAGUGUGUUAAGCACUGGGAUUACACAUAAAGUUGUUAAAAAAAAAAAAAAAAACUAACACUAUUUUUAAUAAGAGUAUAUCCAGUCUUCUAUUCUUGCUUUAAAAGGUGGAUCCUUAAAUGAUGCAGCUAAACACUGUUCUAGUACCCUUUUUGUCAUCACUAAUCUUGCUGCUUCUAUCACUUAGAAAGUUUGAAAUUAAAUAAUUAUAAUCAUGAUAGAGUAAAUAGCUGGCAAUGAGCCUGAUACUUAAAAUGUCUUGAUAAGUGAUACUGAGAGUUUGGUAAGUAUAUAUUCAUAUUAAAUUAAAAUAUGAUUUUCAAAGUUCUCAAUCUGUUAACUUUCAUGAUAUUUCAUAUUGUCAAGCAGUUCAU